AUGUUAAAAAGCUUUAAUAAGUAUAUAAAUUAAUAUACUAAUUUUUAUCGGCAUCGUAACAGCCGCGAUGUAAUAAUGUAUUGCAACACGAAAUGAUAUUUAUAUAAAAUAAUAGUCAGAAUUGUAUAUACUAAUAAAAACAAAAAAGUAAACCAAGCUAUUUAUUUAUAUAUCAUAUGCGGAUGGAUCGGAUCACAUUGGAAUGAAAUCUUGAUUGCUCAUGGAGAUCACUUUCUUUUCCCUUCUCUCAACCGUUUUCUUCUUCUCCGGUUUCGCCAUUUUGCUGGUCCGGUCGCAAUUCCGGCACCGGAAUAUUCCCCCGGGGCCGAGAAAGCUCCCGAUCAUCGGCAGCAUGCACCUACUCUUCAGGAGGUUUGAUCAGCCACUCCACCGUACUCUGGCCGAUAUGGCUUCGACGUAUGGGCCGUUGAUGCACCUACAGAUCGGAGAGGUGCCGAUAAUCGUGGCGUCGUCUGCUGAAGCUGCGAAAGAGCUGCUGAAGAAGAAUGGCGUCAACUUUGCAAACAGGCCGUUCUUUCUCGGGAUGAAUAUCUUAAGUUACAACAGCACGGACAUCGCAAACGCGCCGUACGGCGUGUACUGGCGACACCUCCGGAAGAUCUGCUCGAUGGAGCUGUUGUCCGCGCGCCGCGUCGAGUCAUUCGAGCCGUUGAGGAAGAAGGAGUUCGCGGAAAUGUGUCGAUGGAUAGCUUCGCGGCAGGGGAAAUCGAUCAACUUGAGCCGGAGGAUCGGCAUGGCUAUCGGCUACUCUAUCGCCGAGGCUUGCAUCGGGAGCAAGACCCGGAAGCUCGAUCUCCUGAUGUCGACAAUAAAAGAAAUGAUCGCGAUUUCCGCCGGAUUUUCCAUCGCCAACGUCUACCCUUCCGUCAAACUGCUCCGCUGGUUCGGUAGAUUUCUUAAACCCGAUACCGAGAAAGUGCACAAGAAGUUGGACAAGAUAUUCGACGAGAUCAUCGACGAGCACAGGUCGACGGAGAGCCGCAGAGGCGAACGGAGGGAGGAUUUGGUCGAUGUUCUCUUGAAGCACAACGAUCCCGGAAAUGACAACUUUCUCACCAUUGACAACGUUAAAGCCGUGAUCACAGAUAUGUUUUCAGGCGGGAUCGAGACAUCCAUGUCGGCGGUGGAUUGGUCGAUGGCGGAAAUGAUGCGACACCCGAAAGUCCUCAAAGAAGCGCAAGACGAGGUGCGCCGUGUUUUCAAGGACGAGGAUGGCAUCGACGAGGCCGGCUUCGAUCAGCUUGACUACCUGAAAAUGGUCAUCAAGGAGGCUCUAAGGAUGCAUCCGCCGCUGCCAUUGAUGCUCCCCCGAGCAAACUCCGAGGCGUGCGAGAUUAACGGCUACGAGGUACCUGCGAACGGAUGGGGGAUAGUGAAUGCAUGGGCCAUCGGGAGAGAUCCUAAAAUUUGGGAAGAUCCCGACACUUUUAAGCCGGAGAGGUUUCGCGACAAUGCCGUGGAUUACAUGGGGCUUCAUUUUGAGUACAUCCCAUUCGGCGCCGGCCGGAGGAUCUGCCCUGGAAUAUCGAUGAGCUUAGCGCUUGUCAUGUGCUCGCUGGCUACGCUUUUGUAUCACUUCGAUUUUGCGUUGUCUGAGGCUGUGGACAUGACGGAGUCCUCCGGCGCCACCUCAGCAAGGAAGUAUCCGCUGCACGUUAUUCCGAUCGUCGUAAAUCCUUUGCCGGAGGCGGCAGCGGGAGCAACGUCGUAGUCAGACGCAUAUGUACUUGUUUGAGAUAUUUUAGUUAUUCAAUUGAAUUUGAUUUUAUCUUAGUCUUCCGACUAGAAUGUUUAUAUUUGAAUCUAUUUAAUGUGCUAAAUAAUUUGUUAUUCAAAAUUCAUGAACAAAAAAAGUU